UAUAAAGGUUUGGAAUUCCUUGCCUGCUUCAUUUGAUUUAUCAUCAUAAUCAUCAAUAAAAAUGGAAGUUCUUUAUCCAUUUUUUUCAAAUUUACCACUAAUAUAAACAAACAGAUAGAUGUGGAGUUAUGUGGAGGGUGGGGGGGCGUUUUGUCAGCUGUCAAAUAAAAGUAGGGUUAAGUGACUCGCUCUAGUAUUUGGCGUCCUUUUUACCUAAAUUAAACAAACAAACCCGUUUUAAAGCGAUAAUUUAGUGCUAACCAUGUCGGGACACGAUAAAAUCCCCGAAGAAGAGGAGGACGGUGAGGAGCGCGAGCUGCUCAGACAACAGGCGGAGUAUUACAAGCAGAAAAGCGAGGGCAAAAUCACCCCCGCGGCCAAGUUUAUCGCCCCCGUGGGGUCCAAACAAGCGAAAAACGUGCCCCAAGCGAUCGUGGAGCCCCCAAAAGGGGCCAACAUUCAAGAACAGAUCGCGAACACUUUCGAGGCGAUUCCCACUGAUAUGAAGUUGCCAGAGAUCGUUGAAAGGCAUAGAGGGGAGCCUAAGAGUGUUGUCGAGUUAAAGUUUGCUAGCAAAGGGUUCCCGCAAGUGAAAAGGAGAGAUACCAACAUUAAGCCCACAAAGGGGAGCAUAUUCUCGCAACAAAACAAACCAAUAAAAACUGAACCCGAUGAUGAACCGAUGGACACCACUCCUCCAGUGAAAGAGGGUUCGGCAGAAGAUAAAGUGUCAUUUGCAUUAACUGACUCAGAUCGGGAGCAGAUUCAUGCUCAGAACUUACACGUUCUGAAUCAGAUGACCGAUGAGGAAAAACUGUCCGAGAGGGAGAAACUGCUGGGCAGCCUGGACCCUGCUCUGAUCCAGUUCCUGCGGGACCAAAGUGUGAUUAGGGCUAAAAAACUUGAGGAGGAGGAGGAAAUUGGUGUGAGGAACAGCAUUCAAGAGCAGAACGAGGCAGCUUCAGAGGAGGUCGAGGUGGCCAAUGAGUUACUCCAGGAAGCGGAUGCAGGCAACUGGUUGAACUUUGAUCAAGUGGAGGCGACCAAGUUGGCCUGGAUGAAGGACUUUAACCCCGAAACCGACCUGAAGAGUGAAAACUUCGAGGCUCGCUUCGAUUUCGAGGGCUACUUGUCCCCUUAUAAAGUGGAGAUAACCGACGCGAAUCGUCAUUUAUUUCAUCACGGGGAUGAACCGGAACGGCCGGGGUACAGUUUACGGGAGUUACUGGUGUUGGCGCGUUCCAGUCAGUUGCAGCAGCGCGUUUUCGGCUUGAACACGUUGGCGAACAUUUUAAAAGUGGAAAAAAGCGGAAUGUACGAUAACGUGCUCGACAUACCGUUCGAGCAAGUGUUUUUCGUGAUAAGGGUGUGUUUGGACGAGAACACCCCUUCGGUGGUGACCGCUUCCUUGAAAGCGAUGCGGAAUUUGAUUUAUUUCUUGUUGGACGAGGCGUGUGCGGACACCAUGAUGAGUUUCGGAAAAGUGGGGUUAUAUCAGCCUGUGUUGGGGGUCCAGGAGGAGUUUGACGAGCAGGAAUUGAACGAUCAGCAGUUGGCCGAGCGGGAUUUGGUGAGGUGUUUGGUGCGUACCGACUUCCUGGUUAGAGUCAAGUAUAUAGUGAACGCCAUAAGGCCUCCCCGGGAGGCGGUGACUUAUAUUCUAGACAUUCUGUCCAGGGUGGCGCGUGACAAACACGCGAUGCCAAAAAUAUUCGAGCAAGAAUAUCUGCUGGACAGUUUAGUGAGGCAUUUCCUACCGGAUGCGGUGAGGAACGAGUACGAGGCGCCGCUGCCUCAAAUGGUCAAGUUGCUUCGGAUUUUGGCCGCGCGGGAGCGCCACUUGGCCGAGGCAAUCGAGGACAGAUACCACGUGACCGACCUCCUAAUGUACUACUUAUAUCAGGACGAAUAUGGACAAACGGGCUUCGGAGUCCUCUUGUUGAUCGAAUCGAUGCGCUACUUAACCGUCCUAGUGCACCAAGGAUGUUACAGCAAAAUCAAUGUGGAAGUGUUAUAUAUAAUCAUGCGCUAUCACUUCGAUAAGACGGAUAAUUCGCUAAAUAGUCCGGUGAUGAGGCAGAGUCACGUGGCCGCCCUUUUUAACCUGCUCGCCGCCCUUGUGGAAAAGGGUCAGUUCGCCAUGGACUCCGUGGUCGAAAAUUGCUUCUACAAGUGGAUCACUCAGUUCAAGCAGUUCGACGCGUUCAAGUGUGGACACUCGCAAAUCCUCGCGUCGUUGCUCUGUUUCGCCGCCGCUUGUGAGAAACGGAAAAUCAGCACCGGGUUCGAUGCGCUGCUGCAGAGUCUGUUGCUGUCCAGGGGCUUCAAUGUGGCCGUGCACCGUGUCACGAAAUGUUUGAUGCUAUUAAACGAAGUGGAGUACCACAAGGGCAGCCCGAACCUGCCCUCUUUAGGUGCAACCACGAGCUGCAACACCGAGGACCACGUGAUUCCAGUCCUGAGGACCAGCAGCUGCAUCCCACUAUUGUACUGUUUCUCUCAUUACGCCUUGUACACGUCAUCCUUUCAGUUGAAGGCGGCCUUCUUGAUGCACCCGAAAGUCAUCGAGUACGUCUCCAAACUGGCACGUGCCCCGCGUUACUUCAACGUGGGCCACUGGUUCUCCCGCUGCGAGUCGCACUUGAUCCUCAACAUGUUACGGAUCAUCGUGGUGGUGCGGGGGGUCAUGGAGCCCGAGCUUAAGUUCUUCUACGCCCUCGCGUUUCGCGGCUUAUGUCUGUUCGGGGCGGAUCAACUCGAGGAUGUGCCCCCGGUGCUGAACAAAAUCGUUUUUUGCAGAGGAUUCUUCGAUAUUAAGGUGCUGUUCGCUAAGCAGCGUAUCGGGAACAAUAUCGAGUCGGUGGACGCGUUGGAUGCCGCCUGGAAGAACUUGAACGACAUUCGGGAGGUUUAUAAUGAGGUGUUGGGCUUUAAGGGGGAUCGUGUUUUCACUUGUCAACCCUUGUGCCUCUCGAUCUCCACGAAUGCCACCGGUGUCAUCCCGGUGGACUGGAUCUACACCCCGUUGGUGCGCCUCUACUCCGAGCAAGAAAAAGGGAACACCCCCAAGGACCACCGGACAGUCCUGAACUGUCUCCGCUGGAUUUUGAUGUGCGAAUCCUACUUUGCUCGACUGUCGGACUCUUUAAGUCCCACCGAGAAGUAUGUGAGGUUAUGUUGCGUCUUUCUCGGCAGCGACAGUCUGUUCCUGUACGAGGAAGUGCAGGAGGUCUUAGAGAAAAUAUUCAGGAAACUUAAGGAGCCGGAAAUGGACUUUGAGGAGGAGAUUUCCGGUUUACCGAACUUCAAGGACUUUUACAAUCAGCUGUUGCAACAGUACCAAGGGGUCAGUUAUGGGAACAAAGUGUUCGCCAACGCCCUCCUGUAUCCGUUGGUGAAACGGCACGACGUGCAGUUCCGGAAACGGUUGUGGUCCGAUUUCCUGGGCGUGGUCGAGACCUGUACCUUGAAGGCUGAGGAAGUGUGGUUCAAUGCGAGUAACUUAAUCGAACCGCCGGACACCGACGGGUCCCUCCGUAGGGCCUACAGGGCGGCCCUCAACAGUGGAACAGUCAAACGCAACACUGUGAUGCACGCGAUCGCCGUUGCCAGUGCCGCGGAAUGUCGUUGAAACUGUGAUAAAUGUAGUCGAAGUUCAAUUGUAUUUUUUUUUUGUUUUAAUAAAUAAUGAUUUUUUUAUAA